AUGGAAGUGACAAGAGUAAGGGGGUUGAGCGGUUUGAGUCUGACUCCUUCUCUUCCACCGAGAAGAAGAUUUCAUGCAACAUUGGCUAAAAAGAAAGAUAACGAGUCUCAACAACCAUUGAGGAUUUCGAACUCAACUCUCGCUCGCGCUGCCAUUGGAGUUUUUGGAUUAGGGUUCAUUGAUGCAGGGUAUAGUGGAGACUGGUCAAGGAUUGGAGUAAUUACACCGCAGAAUGAGGAAUUUCUAAGGCUUGCAGCUUUUCUAGUGGUUCCUAUUUGUGUUCUUUUCAUUUUUAGGGUUCCCAAAGAACCUGAUUAUUGA